AUGCACGCACAGCCCCCCACGCCUGUCCAACAGCCAUACAUCGAGUCUACGAGCCCCGCCGAACCCACCUUCGACAGCCAGCAUGGAGAGCAACGAGGCGCGAGUCCAAUCGAUGGCGGCGGAGGCGUCAGUCUUGUCAGCAACGCGCCCGACACUGAUACGCCUGAGCGACUGAGUCCUGCGCAUAACGCCUUCUCAGCUUCGCGCAAUCGCAUCGCUGAAUACGAAAACGCCUCGUCAGCUGCCUCGCCGUCUAGAAAGAAGCUGGAGGGUCCGGCCUUUGCUGUCAUAAAGAAACCUAGAAAGCCUGGCGACAAGCACUCGCCCAUCGCCGACUUGCCUAACGAAAUCUUGACUCAUGCCCUUGCACACCUCUCUCCCCAGGACCUGUCUGCUGUUUCGCUCGUUUCCCGCCGCUUCCACGAUCUGGUCACUACUCCGCACGCCUGGAGGACUGCCUUCUCGCGCUAUUUCCCUGGACCAGACUCCCUCGAUCCCAACCUGUAUCAUGAUGAGGAUGAUCAGGACGACCGUCUUCGCGUCGAACGGCGCGCAUUCACUCGUGUCACUGCUCUUGCUUCCUGGCGAAGCGAGUAUAUUCUUCGCACCCGCCUGCUACGUUCUCUUGCUCGUGGCAAGCCAGUCCAGCCGCCUGCUUCGCCGGCUCAGGCUCGUUUGGGCCAGCCUCCAGUCGCAUCGCCAAUCGUUGUUUACCCUUCACAGAUGUUCACAACUGUUAACCACUUACACGCUACAUUUGGUGGUACGGCUCUGAACAAGAGGCCUCCCCGCUUCGUCCACGGUGCUGACGACGUGGGUACUGCCGGAAGCAGUGAUCCAACUCUCGAAAAGGCCGACUCAUGGGGCUUGGGCGAUCCGAAUACCUUCCUUCAGUUUUCUGACCGCUUUCCUGGCGAUGCCAUGUACGGACUUGGCCCUGGAAACAUUGUGGGCGUGCCCAAUUCCAUGGAUGUCAGCCAGCCAUAUGGCAUGAUUCAUGGUGAAGGCUCCCCUGGUGGGUUCGUUUAUUAUAGGUAUAUCGAGGAGAUGCGUGGCCACUUCUUGAAACCUUCGAGCGGCAUAUCUAUUCCAGCAUUGGGCAUCCCACAGCUGUUGCCUAUCCAGGAAUCCAUUUGCAGUGUCUGGAUUGCCAAGUCUUCCACCAUCCCUUCUUUGACCGACGGUCUUGUAGGACUCAUUUCUGGUUCUUCCCUGGGUGUCCUCACAACAUACAGUCUUGGACCUCUCGGAACUCGAGACCAACGCUUUGGUCGAGGUGAGGUUACAGCACGCUGGGUGGUCAGUCCUGGAGUACCCAUAAUCGCCAUUGCGGUCGACGAACAAUACUCAGUCAAGCGUCAAGGAGAGAACAGGGUAUGGGCGGUUGUGCUCAAUGCUCUGGGCGAGCUUUUCUACUUGACCAAGCUCCCGAAACGCAGCAACGACGACAAGCCUGCAGGAUCAGACGACGAGGCAAAGGAGCGUCUCGCCUGGUCGACUGGAAGAUCUGUAUAUUGGAAUCUAGUCGAGCCUAGUAGACGCGCAGCCCGCCCAAACCCUUACAGCAAUUCUCAUGUAGACGGCAGCUAUUCUCCUCGUACCUCAUGGAAUGGCAUGUACUUGAGCGAGGAGCAAAUCAAAGCCGAAACAUACGAGAUCGAAGACUACAUCAACCGUAAGCCCAAGGAUUUCCAAAGGACUUGUCUAGGCUGGAACAUGCGAAGGUUACUUGAGGUUGAUUUUGCUGGAGAUGAUGGCAACCAGGCUGGAGAAGCCUUUUUCGUGUUCGAAACUGGCCUUGAUGAAGACUCUACCGCUUCGGCCAAACGAUACGUUCGAUUCAACGUCGUCGACGCGAACAGCUCGGAUGUCAGAACGGACGAGUUACAAUCUACAUCUCCUUCGACGCCUCCUGAACCAACCUCUCUCUUUGGCGGCCCGACAUCUUCUCGAUCAGCAUCCAAAGGCGACCUGGAUUAUGGUCUGUCCCUGUCGACCGUGCAAGAUCUCGAAGAAAGCAAANAGAACAAACGUUCGACAGAGGAGUGGAGGGUUUCUGGUCUGUCUUUCGGUGGUCUCAAAGGAGUACAGAUCUCAGCGCACGCUUUGGAUGGCUCAACCUUUGCGACUCUCACGUCUUCAGAAGACCCUCUCCUGAAUUUCUCAGGUCAAUCAACAGUCUCUUCUCCCAGCAUGACACCUCUGUACAAAUCCGCCACCCCGUCGACACCUGCAGAUGUCCCUGGUCAGCGAGCUCGAUUCAUCGCUGUAGGUACCAUGAUGGGCAGCGUUCUGGUCUGGGAUGCAAGGGCAUCACUUCCCACGUCGGCCGAUGCUGUUAACAUGCUAGACCCAAUACGCAUCAUUCAUACAGAAUCACCAGAGAUUUCCUGCAUCGCAUUAUCGUCUUUGUAUCUGGUGCACGGCGGAAACGAUGGUCUUGUGCAGGCAUGGGAUGCACUAGCCUCCAGUCUUGGUCCCGUUCGCAGGCUGAACUCGCGCUUCGCAUCACGGGCAAGGCGUAGGCUGGUGCAAGCUCAAGCAUCUGUCCAGGGCGUCGGUAUCAACUUGUUCGCAGCGGGUGCCAUCUGCCUCGACCCCGAUCCUACAGUUCUGCGCGGUAUGGUCUCGAUCGGUACACACUUACUCUAUUGGAGCUUCAGCUCUUCUGCAGCAGAUCAGUACAAGUCACACAAACGUCGCUUGAGAAGAGCAGAUCGGGGUACCAAUGUAGCGAACGAUCGCUUCGCCAACGUCGGCAGAGGCAACAUGAAAGGCUUCAUCGCCAACGAACAGUUCGAACUCGAGAGGGAGAGUGCACAGGAAGCCAGACAGGCGGAGCACUUAGCAGGACGAUUUGGCACGGAACUACUAGGAAGCGAUGCUUCCGAGGAAGAGCUGCUGGCCUACGCCCAAAUGCUCAGUGAGGAAGCUCUCGCAAAGGAUCAGGAAAAGCAGAUGACCGAGCCUCUGACCAACGGCAAGGCAGCCAUUGCCACGCCAACGGAGGACGCUGAGAUGGACCCAGAAAUCGCAGAGGCGAUUCGCCUCAGUCUUGCAGAAGAGGAAGCCAAACGCUUGCAACAACAAGAGGAGGCCGAGUUCGAGGCGCUGCAGCAACAAGAAGCAGCAGAAGGCAGCAACAGCAGAGAGCUGACAGACCUCGAGUUUGCUCUACAGCUCAGUCUCGCCGAAGAGCAGAGCAGGCUCGAAGCAGAAGCAGAAGCACGCGAGGAGUUCCCUGCUCUGUCUAUACGCACAGACAAGGGCAAAGGCAAGCAACGUAGAUUAAGUAGAAAUUAG